CCUUCAUUGAAGUGCUCCAUCGCGCUCUUAAACAAAGGGCUCACCUGCAUGGAACCCUGAAAAUGGCCUCCUCCAUAUCCCUCAAACAUCACCACCAAACAUGGUCACGAGACAGCUACCUCAUUUCCACCGACCCAUCCCUAAUUCCAAUCGCCAAACUCAACACAUUUUUCGCAUCCAAGGAUGUCUAUUGGGCAACCCCUUUACCGGAAGAGGUCAUGCAACGGAUGCUGCAAAGUUCGCUCUGCUUCGGCUUAUUCUCCACCGAACCAGGAACACCCACUCAUUCCCACUCUCAUGAGGCAGAAUCGACAGAUAAUUUCCUAGGCCUCGCACGCUGCGUUACCGAUUUCACGACCUUCGUCUACUUGACUGAUGUCUACAUCGAUCCUGCAUAUCAAGGAAAGGGAUUAGGGACUUGGUUGAUGGAGUGCGUCCAAGAGGUUAUUGAGUCAAUGCCGAACUUGAGACGGAGUAUGCUGUUGGCAGGUGAUUGGAAAAGAGCGGUCCCUUUCUACGAAAGGAUUCUAGGGAUGGAACUUCUUGAAAGCAAGAAGGGAGAGGAUGGGAGUGGGCAAGGAUUGGCGGUGUUGAUGAGGAAGGGGAAAGGAAAUCGUGAUCCUUAGGAGGGAUUCCCUCUUUGUUAUCUAUUCACACCAGAAAGUAGCUAUCAGAACUCAAACAGCUCGACAAAUGAGCCCUCGAAAUUCACGUUUCCGUUCGCCUUUCGUAUCGUCAUUCAUACGGCGCGACGC